AUGCUCUUGACUUUUGGCAGGAGGCAUUGCAGCGUCUUCAUCGCUUUUCCCUUCCUUUUUUUUUUUUUUUUUCUUCCCUUUCAAAGGGCAACCGCGAUUCCGCCGCCGCCUCAGGUCCCCAGGACGGCAGCCUCGGAGCCCCGCUCUUCUCCCAGCGCCGGGAAGCGGCGGGGACUGGCAGCGCCGGUCCUGGAAGAGCGGCGGGUCCACCCGCCGGCUGCCGCGGGGAAAGGGGAGGGAGCUGCCCGCACUCCGCUCCGCUCCGCACCUCACGGCACCGCUCCGUUCCACCGCCCCCGGCCCCGCCGGGGCGAAGCUCAAUGGCGCCUCAUCAAACUGAGACCAGGCGCGGGUACUUUGAAGGCUCGCUCCCCCCUCCCGCCCCCCAUGUUCUGCUUCCACGAGCACCAGCGGAAGAAACUAUCCAAACUUGAGAGACAGAUUCAAGCUGCGAAAGCAUUUCAGGAGGAAGCGUUCUCAAAAAUGGCUGUUCACCAGGCAGAACAAAUAGGAGCUUACAAAUACCUAUCAAACCAACAGAAUUCAAAACCAGUCUGCAUCAGCCAAGGCUUCCUAAAGCUGAGAGAAGAAACAUCAAAUGAGAGAAAUAGAACACAGGCUUUCUUCAAGCAGCAGCAGUAAAAUAGGCCAAAAUCUGCACCAUGUGGUGCAGUUCAGUCAUCAUGAGGACUGGCUCAUAUCUGUUGAAAUUUAUUGUAGCAGUUGAGUUUCAUGAUGGCACCUGCCAUUUUACUCAGCUGUGCAAUGUACACCUGGUUUCAAACUAAGUACAUGCACA